AUGAUUUCUGUCCUGAUGAUGACUUGGUGUCUCAAACUCAGAAUCCUCCAAAAUCGAAAAGAUCACUCCAGUUUGAAAGUCCCAGGGCCGGAGGAAAAAAUCAAGAUGAACUGAUCAGUAAAUCUCAAAAUCGUCAUGCAGAGGAGGUAGACGAUGUUCACCUGGACCUGUCCCCACCAUCACCCCAGCCAUUGGUCAUCAAUAGCGAUGAUCACAGUCAUGGGAAUGAAAGAACCACCAAUAGAAAGAGACAACCCAGCGAGGAUGACUGGUUUGAGGAAGAGACUGAUGUGUCAUUAUUUGAACUGGCUCAAGUCUCUUCAUCAAGAAAGAAACAGAGGCUUACUGCUGACCAAGAGGUGGGUCUUGAUGAGCCAGAUUCCCACACUAUUCGGCUGAUUGAGCAGAUCCAACAACAUAGAAUGAAGAGUCACACUCAUGUGGAAGAUAGUGACGAUGCUGGGAAAGGACACCAAAUCCGGUUCAAUGAUGCUGAGGACAUGGAACGGCCACGAGUCAGUAAGCGUAUCCCUAAAGAAGAUUUUGUGAGCACUGUUGGCUAUGGUGGAGAGAGAGUCUACAUGAAGCUGUGGGCGGAAGAUGUGCUGGAGGCAGAGUACUUGAGCCUGGGAGAAGAGUCGCGGUCAAGUGGGCUUCUAACUGUGCCAGUCUGUGUUAUGAAAGAGAAGAUGGAGGAGGAAAAGUCUCGUCGAGCCUUUCAGGAGUCUGUUGAUCUGUCUGCGAGCAUUGAGAGACAACUGGAUGAUCCCAUGGUUGAAGCAGAGCUGUCCACCACAGAGGACAUCAGUAGUGCUACUGUUGCUGGGGAUGUUGAAGAGUCUGACGGCAUGCAGGAAUUGACAGAUGAAAUGAGGUCACUCUGGGUGGAGAAGUAUGCACCGAGGAAGUACACAGAGCUGCUUAGCGAAGAGUCCAUCAACAGAAGUCUGCUGCACUGGCUGAAGUUAUGGGACUUUGUUGUGUUUGGCAAAGAUGUGCCUAAACCCCAGAAGACGAAGAAUUUUAAGAAGGAUAAAGAAAAAGACCAGAAGAAAUUUAAGAAGUUCCAGGCAGAAGUAGAGGAAAACUUGGAUGCACACAACAGGCCACAGCAAAUGGUGGCACUUCUGUGUGGUCCGCCAGGUCUGGGCAAGACGACGUUGGCCCACAUUGUGGCCAGGCAUGCAGGAUAUAACGUUGUGGAGAUGAAUGCUAGUGAUGACCGCAGCGUGGACGUUUUCCGGAACAAACUGGAAUCUGCGACACAGAUGAAGUCAGUGACUGGGGCUGAUCCCCGGCCUAACUGUUUGGUCAUUGAUGAGAUUGAUGGGGCUCCUUUGCCGGCCAUCAACACACUUCUCAACACUGUCAAAAAGUCAGAGAAUGAAAAGACCUCAAAAAAGAAGAAGGACAAGGGACUUUUGCUGCGGCCCAUCAUCUGUGUGUGCAAUGAUCAGUAUGUGCCAGCCUUGAGGCAGUUGAGACAGAUGGCAUUGGUGCUGAACUUUCCACAGACAGAACCGAGCAGGCUUGCUAGUCGACUGUAUGAGGUGGUGAGGAUUGAGCAGCUGAAGGCCGACCUGAAUGCAUUGCUGGCUCUGUGUGAGCGUACAGACAACGAUAUUCGCUCCUGCCUCAACACACUGCAGUUUGUGCGUCAGAAGCAAAAGGAGCUCACUCUGAGGGAUGUGCAGACCAUGAGCGUGGGCCAGAAGGACAGACAAAAGAGUUUGUUCACUGUGUGGUAUGAAGUCUUUUCCAUGCCUCGUCCCAAGAAGAACAGAUUUGUGAGCAUCCAGGACCUGGCUGCAGGCAAACAGGAAGCGCUGACCAACAACAUCUCUCCACCUGCCAGAUAUCAACACAUCCUAGAGCUGUGUCAGAGUGCAGGAGAGUCUGAGCGAAUCAUGCAAGGUCUGCAGGAAAACUAUCUGGAAGCCAAGUCCAAAGACCCACAUCUGCAUGGGCUGAGUCUAGCCAAUGAGUGGUUAUGUUUUGCCGACCACCUCAACCAGUACACGGCUCACUCCCAGGACUACUCUGUGAUGAAAUUCACACCCUUCCUGCCCAUUGUGUUCCACUUCCUGUACGCCUCCAAUGCCCCGCCACGAGUCCAGUUCCCUCACAAACAAGCUGAGUUGCACCAGAGCGUGACGAAGACCCUCAACCUUAUGACGACACUCAUUUCUGACAUGACGCCGGUGGUGCGCAAGUUUGUCAACCCUCGGAACAUGGUGCUUGAUCUUUUACCACCUCUGCUGGACGUCCUUCAGCCAACCUUGAGGCCGGUGAAUGCACAGUUGUACAGCGCUCGAGAGAAGGAGGAACUCUUGAAUGUUGUGAACAUCAUGAUAGCUUACAACAUGACUUACCAGCAGGAAAAGUCCCCUGAAGGGCAAUACGUCUACUCUUUGGACCCCAAUGUGGAGGAAGUGGUCAAGUUCUCAGGUCUGAAGCAGCGCAAGCAACUGACUUAUGCAGCCAAGCAGAUGAUUGCCAGAGAGAUUGAUCUGGAGAAGAUGAGAAAGAGUGAGCGCCCUGCUGUGAGAUCAGAGCCUGAGCAGUCUGUUAAACCUGCUGAAUCAGAGACAAGGAAGAAAACGCCAGCAGUUCCAAACCACUUGCAAAAGUUGGAGGCGAAGCGUAUCGCUGAUGAGAAGCCUUCAGUGAACUUCUUUGGCAACUUUGUGAGGACGAAACGGAAGAAGGUGGAGAAGGAAGAGGACAAGGAACCCAAACAAGAUCCCAAGAAGAAGUCUCUGCUGGACACCCUGAUCUGGUUCCACUUCAAGGAAGGUUUCUCCAAUGCUGUUCGGCGAAAUGUCAAAGUGCAAGAUUUGUUAUGACCAUGUAUGAUCCGAACUUUAUUUUGUUGGAAAUGGCAACUGUUGGUUGUUAAUGGCAACAGCUGCAAUACUUUCAGUUGUGUACAUGAUUCUGUAAGAUGAGGAUGUAUGAUGUAUUAAGCAACAGUGAUUAAGAAGAAAGACUUUCCUUGUGAAUACUAGAGCUGGGCCGAUACUAUGAUAUCGAGUCGAUACUGAGCAAUUUUGCUUAGGUAUCGAGUCGAUUCUGAGUACUCGUACAGAACUUGAAUAAAAAAAAAAAAGAACAAUG